AUGGAACCACAAAAUAUUUCAGAAGUUUCAGAAUUUCUUCUCAUGGAAUUUUCAGAGGGACCUGAGCUGCAGCCCCUCGUAUUUGGACUUUUUCUGUCCAUGUACCUGAUCACUGUGUUUGGAAACUUGCUUAUCAUCCUGGCCACCAUCUCAGACUCCCACCUCCACACCCCCAUGUACUUCUUCCUCUCCAACCUGUCCUUUGUAGACAUUAGCUUCACUUCCACCACUGUCCCAAAGAUGCUGUGGAAUAUCCAGACACAGAACAAAUUGAUCACCUUUGAAGGCUGCAUCAUCCAGAUGUACUUUUACAUACUCUUCGCAAGUUUAGAUGACUUUCUCCUGGCUGUGAUGGCCUAUGACCGGUUUGUGGCCAUCUGUCACCCACUGCACUAUAUGGUCAUCAUGAGCCCCCGACUCUGCAGUCUCCUGGUUCUGAUAUCUUGGAUCAUGGGUGUCAUGUACUCCUUGUUACAGAAGUUAAUGGUGUUGCGAUUGUCCUUCUGUGCAGACUUCAAAAUACCCCACUUUUUCUGUGAACUCAAUCAAGUCUUACAACUUGCCUGUUCUGACACCUUUCUUAAUGACAUGGUAUUGUAUUUUGCAGCUACCUUGCUGGGUGGUGGUCCUUUUGCUGGGAUACUUUACUCUUACUCUAAAAUAGUUUCUUGCAUAUGUGGAAUCUCAUCAGCUGAGGGAAAGUAUAAAGCAUUUUCCACCUGUGCAUCUCACCUCUCUGUUGUCUUUUUGUUUUAUUGUUCUGUCCUAGGAGUGCACCUUAACCCUGCUGCUCCCCACAGUUCAAGAUCAGGUGCAGCAGCUUCAGUGAUGUACACAGUGGUCACACCCAUGCUGAACCCCUUUAUCUACAGUCUAAGGAAUAAAGACAUAAAGGGGGCUUUGAAGAGAUUCUAUGAAAUACUAGGUAGAAAAGGCCAACUCUGCUGGGGGAAAUGA